AUGUGUCAACAGAGAGCUUUAAGUAUCGCCAAGAAUUUCAAGAAUGAUUCGAAGAAAUCAACAGAAAGACAAGAUGGUGGACCAUAUUCUACUCCUUACUCUGGUCCCGUUUUUGAAUUUAGAACUGUGUUUGUGAAACACGAAAGAGAAGAACCCAGUGUUAUUUAUGAAGGGAAUCCACUGGACGAACAUUUUAUAAUUCCUGAAGUUCCGCCUCACAUUAAUCCUUAUGUCGAGACUUCAGCUUGCCGGAUUGAGUACGACAAUGACAAAAAUGUGGAAAUAAAGGAAGAAAUCAUUGAAGAUCAACAGACUACAGGCGGAAAACGUAAUGAAUCAACAUUCUGUGCCGUAAAUGUACGACAAGAUAAUAUUGUUGCUACUAAAAAACAAAUGCGUAAGAAAAGGAAGCAGAGAAUUGAGGAUUCUAAACCAGAGGAGAAAUACAAAUGUGAAAAGUGUGCGCGAAGCUAUAGACAGAAAGGAACUUUAAAUAUUCAUCAAAAAUAUGAGUGUGACGUUCAACCACAAUUCGAAUGUAAAUUCUGCGGCAAGCGUUUUAAACAAAAAAGUUACAUUAAUUCACAUAUAAAUCGCGUUCAUCAAAAAACAAACUCAGAUACAUCUUUCACGAAGUACGAUUGUAACAAAUGCACUCGUAGUUACAAAUCAUUAAAUACUUUAACACGACAUAAGCGCGUAGAACACGCAGAAGUAAAACGACAUUUUACUUGCGAUUAUUGUUUGCAUCAAUCGAAACAAAAAACUCACUUAACAAAUCAUAUUAAAUCUUUACACAGAGAUAAGUACUAAUCAUUGCUUACGCAAAACUUCAUUGUUUAAGAAUUUUUUCACAAUAAUUAUGAAUCUCUAUUCUGCAUUACAUAAGAUUCUUGUAUACCUUGAACUAUUUAUCAAGGUUGAAAAAAAUUACCUUUCUUCUAUGUAGAAUUUCUUAGUAUGCAUUAUAUUUACGGCGAAAAAGUAUAAUUAUAUUAAGUUAUAUGUAAUAUCGCGAAACACACAGUUAUUAAUCAAUCAACGUUAAUCAACACCUGCUAUCCUUUCAAGAUGUCUGGCGUAAAAAUAUUUUUAUGCUUAACUGAAAUGUCCCUGAUGUUCGACUGAAACAUCUAAGAUGGUAAAGUCGUAGUACGAGUAAAAGAAAAUGCCACCCAUUUAGCAACCGCUUGAUGAAGCUUAUAAUUAAUAUUUCUUUUCGCAUGUGAACUAUAGUGAACUAUAUAGCUAUAUAAUAGUUUAACAUUAAAUAUGGUAAUCAUAAAUAAUAUUAUCCUACACAUAUGUUAUGUGCGAACAUCAAUUAUUAUCCGUGUACUCAAUCAUGAAAUGAUGAAAGUAAACUGAACUUUUCCGUGGAAA